UUGGUCUUCUAUUUUCCCACAAACUAAGUUCGAUGUAAAUGAAGUCAAUUGUUUUUCUAUUGAUUACAGCGGAAGUUCAGCUGGGAUGAAAUGGAAGAGGAUGAAGUUAAAAGAAUUUUUAAGAAAAAAGCUGGUGAUCACAUACAAAAUGUGAUGAAUAAAGCAAAGAGAAAUCAAGUGAAGCCACAUUUUAUUAUUGGUGAUGAUUGGACAGAAAUAAAGAGCAUUUGGGAAAGUGAAAAGAAUAUGCAAAGGAGUGAAUAGAACAAGAAGAAUCGAGUUUCCAGUUCUAGUGAAAGGUCUAUGACAUCUGCUGGGGGCUCUAUCAACAUUGGAGAGCAUAGAAAAAGAAUGGCAGAUGAAUUGGGAACGGAACCGACAUAUACAGCUACAUUUGAACGUACAUUUCAAAAGAAAGAUAAGACAUGGACUCGCGACCGAGCAAAAGCUAUUAAGGAAAAAUAUGAUGAGCUUUUAAUGAGUACGGCUAGUGGUGGUGAUGGUAGGGCUGCAUCUGAGCCGGUAGGCGACAAUAUGGCAUUGUGGGUGGAGGACAAGGGUAUACACAGCAAAGGGUGCUACAAGUUCAUCCUCCAAUGUGGCUAUUUCAAGGAGGACACGACUUGA